CCCCCUCCCUUCCCUUUCUCUCCCCACAUUUCCUGCUCUCCUUCAGGACCAGUUUGAGGUGAUUGAACGCCAUACACAAUGGGGCCUGGACCUGUUAGACAAGUAUGUGAAGUUUGUGAAGGAACGGACAGAAGUGGAACAGAGCUAUGCCAAGCAGCUCAGGAGCCUAGUGAAAAAAUACCUGCCCAAGAGAUCGACAAAGGAUGACCCUGAAUCCAAGUUCAGCCAGCAGCAGUCCUUUAUGCAGGUUUUGCAAGAGCUCAAUGACUUCGCCGGCCAGCGGGAGCUGGUGGCUGAGAACCUGACCGUGCAGGUGUGUCUGGAGCUGGCCAAGUAUUCACAAGACAUAAAGCAGGAACGCAAGAUGCAUUUCCAAGAGGGUCGGCGCGCACAGCAGCAGCUGGAGAACGGCCUCAAGCAGCUGGAGAAUAGCAAACGGAAGUUCGAACGAGACUGUCGGGAGGCGGAGAAGGCAGCUCAGACAGCUGAGCGGCUGGACCAGGAUAUCAAUGCCACCAAGGCGGAUGUGGAGAAGGCAAAGCAGCAGGCCCACGUGCGCAGCCAUAUGGCUGAGGAGAGCAAGAACGAAUAUGCUGCCCAGCUACAGCGCUUCAACCGAGACCAGGCCCACUUCUACUUUACUGAGAUGCCCCAGAUCUUUGAUAAGCUACAGGACAUGGAUGAGCGGCGGACGGCCCGGCUCGGUGCUAGCUAUGGGCUUCUGUCAGAGACGGAGCUCCAGGUCAUGCCUAUCAUUGGUAAAUGCCUGGAGGGCAUGAAGGUGGCUGCUGCUGCUGUGGACCCCAAGAAUGAUUCCCAGGUUCUCAUUGGCCUGCACAAAUCUGGCUUCACACGCCCUGGCGAUGUUGAGUUUGAGGACUUCAGCCAGCCCAUGACCCGGGCCCCAUCAGACAGCAGCCUUGGAGUGCCUCCCGAUGGGCGCCCUGACCCACGAGGUCCAGUCAGAAACCGCCCCAAGCGCUGGCCCUUUGGAAAGAAGAAUAAGGUAGGGGUUGAGUUGUUUGCGAGUGGGCAUGAUCCCUUCUGUCCCCUUCUCCUGGAUGGGGGUAGGGGGUAUCACUGGCCAGCAAGCUGGAGAAAUGAAUGAGGGUGGAGCCCAUUGAGUCAGCCCCCCAACACCCCCUCACCCCUGAAGCCCCAGGGAGCCACCGGCCGGAACGCAGAGUCCUGGACUGGAAUCUUCCUCUUGGCUCUCAUCCCAGCUGAGAUUGAGAACCCCGUCCCCUGGGGCCUGGAGCUUCAGGGCGGGGGCAGGGGGCUGAGGAGGGUUCUCAGUGUGAAGGUUUAAUGUGGGUCUUCCUGCUGUGCAUGCAGCUGGCUCUUACUGAGGUUGGAGAAAGGGAGAGAGAGAGAGAGAGAG